UUCCAUUUCAAAAAGACUCCUUUAUUUUCUUAAAAAAGAAGUCCACCCAAAUCCAGCACAAAAACAACUCAUCUUCUCUGCAAACAUCUCACACGGUUUUAUUUGAUAGAGAUAGAGAAAGAGAUUAGAAGUUCUGUAGCCUACAUUUUAUUUUAUUUAGCUUUUCUAAAAGUUGUAGAUUUUGCAGAGGAAAAGGAAGAAAAGAAAAAAAGAAUGGCAACAUAUAGAGCUGAAGAUGAUUAUGAUUAUCUAUUCAAAGUGGUUUUAAUUGGUGAUUCAGGAGUUGGUAAAACUAAUUUGCUAUCUAGGUUUACAAGGAAUGAGUUUAGUCUUGAAUCCAAGUCUACAAUUGGUGUUGAAUUUGCUACUAGAAGUUUAAAUGUUGAUGGCAAAGUUAUUAAAGCUCAGAUUUGGGAUACUGCUGGUCAGGAGAGGUACCGUGCCAUUACCAGUGCUUACUACCGAGGAGCUGUUGGUGCAAUGCUUGUUUAUGAUGUCACUAGACACGUUACUUUUGAAAACAUCGAGAGGUGGUUAAAGGAGCUGAGAGAACACACUGACCCUAACAUUGUUGUAAUGCUCAUAGGCAACAAAGCUGAUCUGCGUCACCUUGUGGCCGUCUCAAGUGAGGAUGGUACAUCCUUUGCUGAGAGGGAGUCCCUGUACUUCAUGGAAACCUCUGCACUGGAGGCAACAAAUGUGGAGAAUGCAUUUGCUGAAGUCCUGACACAGAUUCACCAUAUCGUGAGCAAAAAGUCAGUUGAAACAGGAGAUGAGGGAGCUACUUCUAAUGUGCCGAUUAAAGGAGAGAGAAUAAACGUUAAAGACGACGCGUCUGCAGUGAAGAGGGGUGGGUGUUGUUCGUCUUAGGGUUGGUGAAACAAAAUACUAUUUCUGUGUUUGAGGUUGAAGAUGUGUGUUUGUGCUUAGCAGCAUCAAUAUCUAGUAGUUUUAUACGUAGUGAGUAUAUUCUCGAGUACUAGUACUAUCUAUACUGACAAGGAGAAAGAACAAGAAUCAGUUCUCUUUAUGAUGCACCCUAUACUUGAAUUUAAUGAUUCUUUAUGUUUUCUUUUUGCCUACCUUCAGUUGGGAAAUAAUCAUUUAACUCAACCGAAUAGAAUUGUUUUGUCUCUAAUUAGGAGAAUUCAAUCAAAAUUUUAUCGAGCAGUUUCUCGGC